UAUGUCUAAAGUUGAAAAUCAAGGAGGACAUUUUCGUCAUUUUAAAGUCUUCAAAGAAUUCUCAGAAGGACCAAGGGACCAAAAGAAGCAUAGAAACCGAGACCUUCGCCGAGGUCCAUUCUGCUCCAUCACCAUGUGAACCCCCUUAUAACCCAUCUCUCUCUCUUCCACUCUGCAAUUUCUGUCUUUUCCUUUCUUUUUAUUUUUUUUAUUUUUAUUUUUUGAAAUUUUAAAUUGGUGUUGAUGUUCCGAACCAGAACUUAACCCAAAAAACCAUUCGAAGAACUGUAGCAAAAUAUUAAAUUAAUAUAUAUAUAUAUAUUUUUUUUUUUGGGUCCAAAACCUUGAUCUUGUAUGUAGUUUUUUUAUUUUUUGGUUGUAAAAACGAAACGCCAACAAACUCCCACAUCGUCCAAUCACUGUUCCUUUGUUUCCACUUCAUCUUCAUACCAGAAACCGAAAGCUCUGCAACAACUACUAAAACCCUGUUGUUUUUUUAAGAUUUUUUUUUUUUUUCCUGGGGGGUUGGGGGGUGGGGUUUAAAUGAGAUGGUGGAGCAGAAGAGGCCCCCUAGGAACAGGGGGUUCUAUGUUAAGAUGAAGCUGUUGCAUAAACAUGGAAGACUACAGGAUAAGAGCUUUUUUUACAGAUAUUACAAAUGGGUUCUUUGGCUCUCUUUGACCCUCUAUUUCUUCAGCUCCUACCUCAUCAGCAACAAUCCUCAGAGCAAGCUCACAUCUUUAUCCAAAACCCAUGUUUCUAAUUCCAAAUCCAGCCUCGCCUCUCGUGCUCUCAUCGAGUUCAACGGUAAUAAUAAUGCUACCCAGCUCCGAACUGAACAUACAAACCAAGGGUUGUUGAAUAAUUUGAAGAUUUUUGUGUACGAUUUGCCACCAAAAUACAACACAGAUUGGCUCUCAAACGAGCGAUGCAGCAACCAUCUGUUCGCUUCUGAGGUGGCCAUACACAAAGCCCUGUUGACCAGCGAAGUGCGCACCUUUGAUCCUUACGAGGCCGAUUUCUUCUUCGUCCCGGUCUAUGUGUCCUGCAACUUCAGCACCGUUAAUGGGUUCCCAGCAAUCGGCCACGCUAGGCCUCUUUUGGCCUCGGCUAUCCACCUCAUCUCAUCGGAGUACCCCUUUUGGAAUCGGACCCAAGGCUCCGACCACGUGUUCGUUGCCUCUCAUGAUUUUGGUGCUUGCUUCCACACCCUGGAGGACGUGGCGAUUGCAGAUGGCGUAGCGGAGUUCUUGAAGAAGUCCAUAAUUUUGCAGACAUUUGGUGUGAAAUACAAACACCCGUGUCAAGAUGUAGAGAAUGUGGUAAUCCCGCCUUACAUCUCGCCGGAAAGCGUACGGACGACCAUCGAGAGUUCUCCGGCGAACGGCCGGCGAGACAUCUUCGCCUUCUUCAGGGGGAAAAUGGAAGUCCACCCCAAAAACGUCAGCGGUCGGUUUUACGGCAGGCGGGUACGGACGAUGAUAUGGCGGAGAUACAACGGUGACCGGAGGUUUUACCUCCAGAGGACUAGGUUCCCCGGUUACCAGUCAGAGAUCGUACGAUCGGUCUUCUGUCUCUGUCCCCUUGGGUGGGCCCCAUGGAGUCCUAGGCUAGUAGAAUCCGUAGCAUUGGGAUGUGUGCCGGUCAUCAUAGCCGAUGGUAUCCGGUUGCCUUUCGCGGACGCCGUUAAGUGGCCGGAGAUAUCCCUAACGGUGGCUGAAAAGGACGUGGGAAAGUUGGGAAUGAUUCUUGAACACGUGGCAGCGACCAACCUCACCACAAUUCAAAGGAACCUGCGGGACCCAAGAAUUAAGCGGGCCCUACUUUUCAACAAUCAGGUCGAGGAAGGCGAUGCCACGUGGCAGGUGCUAUCUGCGCUGGCGCACAAGCUAGGUAGGUCCUAUAGGAGGCGGACUGCGGUUUCGAGCCAAUAGGAAAACGCCAAGUGCGCGUGGUUCCAAAUAAGGGGGUCCCACACGUUGAAUGAAACGGUGUAGCUUUAUUUGAUAGAACCUGGAUAGCCUCAUUUGCAUAUUUGCAUGCAUUAUAUACAAUAUUGUAGUUGAGCACAGCUGGAUUUCCUUUGGACUUCUCUCGCAAUGUCAUUCGGAGUCAGAGGAACAGAAUUUUUAUGGGGAGUCUCGUUGGGACCCACUUGGGGAGGCAAGAGAUUUUAAUGAUUUUUGGAGAUUUUUUUGGUGGACAUGUGAACCCUCUGCUGAUAUGUCAUCGUUUCAUUGGAUGAUUUUGCGGUGUCUGCGGCGAAUAUAAUCAUACACUUUCUGUACAUGUACAUGUGAAAGGGAAAUUUUGAGCAAAGGAAAAAAAAUUUGUAUUAAUAAUUACACUAAAAAGUCUUUGAGGGCUUAUUCAUAUUUCAUACUACAUAAAAAAUGAAUUUUUAAUGUAAAUAAAUUAUUAUUAUUACUUUUUA